GCCGCCCGGACCCGAGCAGAGCUUCCCCGCGGCCCGGCCACGCCAAGUCCCGAGAGGUACCACGAUGUGGGGUGCAGGCAGCCCCCUGGCCUGGCUCUCCGCUGGUUCAGGCAACGUGAAUGUGAGCAGCGUGGGCUCAGCAGAGGGGCCCACAGGCCCAGGCGCUCCGCUACCCUCACCCAAGGCCUGGGAUGUGGUGCUGUGCAUCUCGGGCACCCUGGUGUCCUGUGAGAAUGCGCUGGUGGUGGCCAUCAUCGUGGGCACUCCCACCUUCCGUGCGCCCAUGUUCCUGCUGGUGGGCAGCCUGGCCGUGGCCGACCUGCUGGCAGGCCUGGGCCUGGUCCUGCACUUUGCUGCUGUGUUCUGCGUUGGCUCGGCGGAGAUGAGCCUGGUGCUGGUGGGCGUGCUGGCGAUGGCCUUCACCGCCAGCGUCGGCAGCCUUCUCGCCAUCACCGUCGAUCGCUACCUUUCUCUGUACAAUGCCCUCACCUACUAUUCAGAGACAACGGUGACUCGGACUUACGUGAUGCUGGCCCUCGUGUGGGGGGGCGCACUGGGCCUGGGGCUGCUGCCUGUGCUGGCCUGGAACUGUCUGGAUGCCCGGGCCACGUGCGGCGUGGUAUAUCCACUCUCCAAGAACCAUUUGGUGGUCCUGGCCAUUGCCUUCUUCAUGGUGUUUGGCAUCAUGUUGCAGCUGUAUGCCCAGAUCUGCCGCAUCGUCUGCCGCCAUGCCCAGCAGAUUGCCCUCCAGCGGCACCUGCUGCCCGCCUCCCACUACGUGGCCACCCGAAAAGGCAUUGCCACACUGGCCGUGGUGCUUGGCGCCUUUGCCGCCUGUUGGCUGCCCUUCACUGUCUACUGCCUGCUGGGUGAUGCCCACUCCCCGCCCCUCUACACCUAUCUCACCCUGCUUCCUGCGACCUAUAACUCCAUGAUCAACCCCAUCAUCUAUGCCUUCCGCAACCAGGAUGUGCAGAAGGUGCUGUGGGCCAUCUGCUGCUGUUGUUCCUCUUCCAAGAUCCCCUUCCGCUCCCGCUCCCCCAGCGAUGUCUAGUCAUAUCUUGGUGACCCUUCAGCCCCGAUCACUACAGAAUUCCAGAAUGUUAGGUCCUCCAGGGCUUUGUUCCAACCCCCGCCCCCCCCAGCUCCACACCCCGAAGACCCAGCUGGUUCUGGAGUUCUAGGACAUUGGGUGUUUCACAGGAUUCUGUUCAGAUCCCUACAGGGCCCAGCUGGCUCCAUGGUUCUCGAAUGUUCAGGUAGCCUGGGAUUCCACUCAGAAAUGUCACACAGCCCAGCUAGCUUGGAGUUCCAGGAUGCUGCUGGGUGUUUUACAGUGCCACUCCGAGUCCCUGACCUUCACCUUCCCUUGACCUUAAUCAUGUCACUUUACUUUUGAGUUUCUGAGCUGAAGAGUCAGAGAGGUUAGUCACUCAGUUGCCUAGAUAGGAGAAAGAAAGAUGUAUCUCUAUAUAUGUGCACACACAAAAAGAGUAUCUAUUUAUACUUUAUUUAUUUACUUAUUUAUUUAUGGGUGGUAAGGGGGAAAAAAGAGACCUACACCUUGAAAUCCAGGCCAUACCAGGGUAUUCCCCAGUCCCCAGACCCCCAUUGCUGACCUCAGUUCCUAGAGGGGGGAAAGGGAGAAAGAGAAACCACGUAUUUUGUUAUUAUUUUUGCUUAUUUUUUAUCGAAGAGAUCAUAGAAACCAGAGCCUUCUCCCCAGGCCCGCCCCUCUCGGGUUUGCUGGGAGAACACACCAGCCUCUGGUUUUUUAUUUUUUUAAGAAGCCAUCACCUGAGCAACCGAGAAUUCCUCUGCGCUGGGGGCCGGCUGCCCUCUGGUGGCCGUUUGGGGGAAACUGCAGCCCGGCCAGGCUGCCCGGACCAGACCCCACGACCCCAACUCCACUCCAGCCUGGCGUCCAGCGCCCCAGCCAGGACCUGGAGGCCAAGCCCCACCCUGCGGUGCCCUAGAGGAGGCAGGAUGUGAGCCAACACCUGAUUCCUCUGCCAACCGGGGUAUGGCCCUCCAGUGCUUCCCUAAUCCUAUCCCUGACCCAUCCCUUAAUAAAGAAUGAUUUUGUGAUAA